AACACUAAGUUGGGCCUAAUAUACACCUUGUCCAACAAGAUCUAAAAAACAACACAAAGCAAAAACCUAUUCGACGCACGAGGAGGAGCGAGUGGAACACACCAGUUACCCUUCCAAACACAAAAACAACAUAAUUUGUUUGCACUCGAUUCAUUCAUUCACAAACGCAGCACAAUCACGAAGUGCUUUUCCUAAUAAGUGCUUAUUAUCUCAACCUUAACGCUUCUCUCGCACAUUCUUUCGCUCUCUCUCACCAUCUUAUGGCCUAACCCUGACCUCGUUCUCUUCACAAUCAACCCAAUCCUAAUAGCGACAGUUAAAGUUGUAGAAAGGAAAUAAAUUUCAAUGUACUGGAGGAGAAUACAGUGCAGAGAUCGGAGAUGGGCUUUGUUGUUGCAGCCAUCAAAAUACUUCCUUAGGCCAAAGACCACCGCGAAAGAAUAUUCUUCACACGGUGGUAUUAUUAGAAGAGAUGUUUUAGGUUCAGGUUCAUCUAGUCAUGUUUCAUCUGGACAUAGUUUUACUGGUCUGAACAGAAGGCCUAGUUUUUGUCUUAGGAGUACUCAGAUACACGCUUUUAGUUCUAAAAGUGAUGGAAGUAAUGCAAGUGAGAAUAAACAAGUACAUGUUAAUGUCGGAGCUAAUUUUGAUAAGAAUCAGAUAGAUAAGUCCAGGGAAGAUGUUAAAUGCAGCAAUGCUCAUGCACGACUUGGAGAACAGGAUCAAGAGGAGUGGCUUAAGAAUGAGAAGCUUGCUGUAGAAAGUAAAAGGAAAGAAUCACCGUUUCUGACUAGAAAAGACAAGUUUAAAAAUGAAUUUUUGAGAAGAAUUGUUCCGUGGGAGAAAAUAAACAUUUCAUGGGAUACAUUUCCUUAUCACAUACCUGAGCAUACGAAAAAUCUUCUGACGGAAUGUGCUGCUUCCCAUUUGAGACAUAAUAAGUUAUCUUGUUUUGGCUCUCGCCUUGCAUCUUCAAGUGGAAGAAUAUUGCUUCAGAGCAUUCCCGGCACCGAGCUCUAUCGCGAGAGAGUAGUUAGAGCGCUUGCACAAGAUUUACAAGUUCCAUUGUUGGUGCUUGACAGCAGCAUCCUUGCUCCUUAUGAUCUUGACGAUGAUCAAUCAUCAGACUAUGAGUCGGAUGAUUCGGAAUCUGGGGAAGAAGGUGCUCUAGAGUCAGAGAAUGAGGAUGAUAAUGAUGCUAGUAAUGAAGAAGAGUGGAGUAGCAGUACUGAAGCGAAGUCAGAUGCAAGUGAUAAUGAAGAUGCACUAGCAUCUGCUGAAGCAGCCCUUAAGAGAGUUAAGGCCGCUGUUCAGAAACUUGUCCCUUAUAAUGUUGAAGAACUUGAGAAGAUGGUGACUGGUGGAGAUGACAGUUCUGAGUCAUCGAGUUCUAAUGAUGCGAAGUCUUCUGAUAAAUCAGAAAGUCAGCUAAGAAAAGGUGACCGUGUGAAGUACACUGGGCCUUCUAUUGAACUUACAGACGAUGAUAGGAUUUCACUGGGGAAGAUACCGACGUCUGAUGGUCCAACUAAUGCUUAUAUUAUUAUGGAAAGGGAUGUAUUUUUAAAUAAUGGUCAGAGAGGAGAGGUAUACGAGGUUAAUGGAGAUCGAGUUGCCGUCAUCUUGGAUAUUAACGAAGAGAAGGCUAAUGAUAGUGAGGUUGAAAACCUUAACAACGAUCGUAAAAAACCAUCAGUUUAUUGGAUAAAUGUUAAGGACAUCGAGAAUGAUCGUGAUGCUCAAUCACAGGAUUGCUAUAUAGCAAUGGAGGCUUUAUGUGAGGUUUUGAAUUCCAAACAACCUCUUAUAGUCUAUUUUCCAGAUAGUUCACAGUGGUUGCAUAAAUCAGUUCCUAAGUCAAGCCGGAAUGAGUUCUUUAACAAGGUUGAGGAGAUUUUUGACCGGUUAUCUGGUCCAGUAGUAUUGAUUUGCGGGCAAAGCAAAGUUCAAUCAGGAUCAAAGGAGAAAGAAAAAUUAACGAUGAUACUUCCAAACUUCGGACGUGUUACUAAGCUGCCUCUUUCUUUGAAGCACAUGACUGAUGGAUUCAAAGAGGGAAAGAUAUCAGAAGAUGAUGAAAUUAACAAACUCUUCUCGAAUGUUUUUAGUGUACAUCCACCUAAGGAGGAGAAUCUACAGACAGUAUUCAAAAAACAACUCGAGGAAGACAGGAAAAUUGUGAUUUCACGUAGUAAUCUGAAUGAACUACGAAAGGUUCUUGAAGAAAAUCAUCUAUCAUGCAUCGACCUCUUGCAUGUGAAUACCGAUGGCAUCAUUUUAACAAAACAAAAAGCUGAAAAAGUAGUAGGCUGGGCAAAAAAUCAUCACUUAUCAUCAUGCUUGCAUCCUUCUAUUAAAGGAGAAAAAUUGUUCAUACCUCGCGAAAGUCUUGAAAUUGCAAUCUCAAGGAUGAAAGACAUGGAAACUAUGUCAAGAAAACCUUCUCAGAACCUCAAGAACCUUGCAAAGGAUGAGUUCGAGAGCAAUUUCAUUUCAUCGGUUGUAGCUCCUGGUGAAAUAGGUGUACAGUUUGAUGACAUAGGUGCUCUUGAAGAUGUUAAGAAGGCACUUCAGGAACUUGUUAUUCUUCCAAUGAGAAGGCCCGAGCUUUUCUCUCACGGAAACCUGUUGCGGCCCUGCAAAGGAAUAUUACUCUUUGGUCCUCCUGGAACCGGGAAAACCCUUCUGGCCAAGGCACUUGCGACAGAAGCUGGUGCAAAUUUUAUCAGCAUAACUGGUUCGACCCUUACGUCAAAGUGGUUUGGAGAUGCUGAGAAACUAACCAAAGCGCUUUUCUCAUUUGCCAGCAAGCUUGCACCUGUCAUUAUAUUUGUUGAUGAAGUUGACAGUUUGCUUGGUGCUAGAGGUGGUGCUUUUGAGCAUGAGGCCACUAGAAGAAUGAGGAAUGAGUUCAUGGCAGCGUGGGAUGGAUUGAGGUCAAAAGAAAAUCAGAGAAUCCUCAUUCUUGGAGCAACAAACCGGCCAUUUGACCUUGAUGAUGCUGUUAUUCGUCGUUUACCAAGAAGGAUAUAUGUUGAUUUACCAGAUGCUGAAAAUCGAAAGAAGAUUCUAAGAAUAUUUCUUGCAAAAGAAAAUCUGAAUUCUGAUUUUCAGUAUGACAAACUUGCUAACUUGACCGAAGGCUACUCUGGAAGUGAUUUGAAGAACCUCUGUGUUGCUGCAGCAUAUCGACCGGUUCAAGAGCUCUUAGAAGAAGAAAAGAAGAGAGACGAUGGUACUACAACUUCAGUAUUAAGGCCUCUUAAUUUGGAUGAUUUUGUACAAGCAAAAUCCAAGGUGGGUCCAUCUGUUGCGUAUGAUGCAACAAGCAUGAAUGAGCUAAGGAAGUGGAAUGAAAUGUACGGUGAAGGCGGUAGUAGAACCAAAUCACCAUUUGGAUUCGGGAACCGAUCUUGAAGGAAGGACUCUAUUUACUAACUUAUCACCAAUGCUUCUUAUAUUAUUAUGAAAGCAAUUUACACAAGUAAACAUGGCAAAGGAGCUCUAUAGAUAGAUUUUACUUACACUUCUAAAAUGUCCUCUGCAUGUUCCAGCUUCUGCCAAAUUAUUCGGUAUUCUCCUUUGAUGUAGUUUUUGGUAGAGCAAUGUGUUACCAUAAUUUAUUCAUAUGGUUCAAGGAUCCGGAUUCUCUACUUCAGAUGUGUCUACAGCUAUCUGUUUUCGCGCAGAAAUAUCGACCAGUACAAGUAAUAAUAUAUUUGUAAUGAAAUGUAGGCAGCCUCUAAUUUUGUUUAGGAAUUUACAUUAUAAGUUAACAAUAGGGGUAAUUUCCCCAACUAUUUUUUUAUGUUAGAAUUGUUUAAUAAUUACAUAUCUUCGUCUUUCA